CGCUGUAUAUAUAUAUUUCCACCCGACCGAGUACAAAGACUUCUUAUACGUACAUAUACGCGUAUUUGAUUCCUACUCUAUAGUCUAUAUAAUCUACGUAUUUCCUUCUUCCCUUCUUUCCCAAACAAGGAGGAAUAUUAGCUAGCAAGCUAGAGGCCAGUAUAUAUAUAUAGAAACACUCCCUAAUUAAUGAUCAUUAAAGAGUAAUUAAAAGAAAUGACUCUCAAGAUUGUCAUCAACCAUAUGAUCCCAGGCUGCUUUAAACCCAGCAGGAAAAUCCGCCACGCCAUUGAUCGGACCAGAAAAACCCAACAGCCUUCGACCGGGCACCAGAGGUUGUCGGUUCACGAUCUCAGCGACCCGGGCUCGCCGCUAUCUGCCAUGGAUCUCUCGUCCAACUCUGUCAUUGGCUCUAGCCUCCACGUCUUCACGCUAUCUGAGCUGAGAGUCAUCACCGGCGACUUCUCCUCAGCAAAUUUUCUCGGCGAAGGGGGGUUCGGCCCGGUCCAUAAAGGCUUCAUUGAUGACCGGGCUCGCCCCGGAUUGGCGGCUCAGCCUGUCGCCGUUAAGCGGCUCAAUUUGGACGGCGAUCAGGGUCACCGCGAGUGGCUGGUGGAAGUGAUUAUUCUAGCUCAAUUGAAGAAUCCCCAUUUGGUGAAAUUGAUCGGAUAUUGCUGGGAGGCUGAUGAUAGGCUAUUGGUUUAUGAGUAUAUGACUAGAGGCAGUCUGGAGAAUCAUUUAUUCAGAAGACAUUCUACUUGUUUGCCAUGGAUGACUAGAAUCAGAAUUGCACUUGGGGCUGCAAAGGGAUUGGCUUUCCUUCAUGAGCAAGAACAACCAGUCAUAUAUCGGGACUUUAAGGCUUCGAAUAUAUUACUGGAUUCGGAUUACACUGCAAAACUCUCUGACUUCGGACUAGCAAAGGACGGUCCAGAAGGUGAUGAGACGCACGUCUCAACUCGUAUCAUGGGCACUCAUGGUUACGCUGCACCCGAGUAUCUCAUGACAGGCCACUUGACAUCUUUGAGCGAUGUGUAUAGCUUCGGAGUAGUCUUGUUGGAAAUAAUAACGGGAAGACGAGCCAUGGACAAGAAGAGGCCUAGGAGAGAGCAGAAUUUGGUGGAAUGGGCUAAGCCUUUGCUGAGAGACUCACAUAAGCUUGAGAAAAUACUGGACCCGAGACUCGAAGGAGAGUACUCAACCGAGGGAGCUAAGAGGGUAGCAGCAUUGGCUUACCAAUGCUUGAGCCACCAUCCCAAGUUCAGACCGACGAUGAAGGACGUAGUGAAGAGGUUGGAGCAUGUCUUGGAGUUGCGAGACAUGCCGAGUGGGCCUUUCGUUUACAUUACGCCAUUCGAUUCACAAAACGAUGUGAUUAAAGUGAAGACAAAAGAAGGUGAAGCAAAAGAGGUAGAAAUGGAGAAGAAAUCUUGUAGUGAAGAUGUACCUAAAGUAGCAGCUCAAAAACAAGAGAAGAGACAUAGGCAAGACAACUUAUAUGCACGACAGCACAAAUAAGGAAAGAAUUCUGGUUUUAAUGGAGUACAACUAUCUCUAAUCAAUUGAACAUACAUAAUUAGGUACUAAAAGCCCUUUACAAGUGUUUGUGAAUCAUCCUUUUGUUUUUGUUAAGGUUGGGUUACACUCAUCCUUAUACCUACCUGUGUUGGUUUAUUUGGACACAGCAAUAUAAACAAACAUUGCAUUUUAAGAAUGAACUGAAGAAAAU